GUCUUCCGACGGCUGCUGGGCCAUGUCAAGGGGCCCAGGCUCCGUGAUCCCGCCCGCCCGGGGCUCCUGGAAGCCGGCGCCCCGGAGCUGCAGCUGUCUCUCGGACCUGGACGGCGGCGCGGCCCUGGAGCCUCGGCCCUGUCGGCCCCCGGAGAGCCCGGGCUGCGCGCCACGGCCCGUGCGGGCGCCGUCGGGCUGCGACCCCCACCUGCGGCCCAUCAUCCUGCGGCGGGCACGCUCGCUGCCCAGCUCCCCCGAGCGCCGCCAGAAGGCCGCGGGCGCGCCCGGCGCUGCGUGUCGGCCCGGCUGCAGCCGGCAGCACCGCGUGCGCUUCGCCGACGCGCUGGGCCUGGAGCUGGCGCAGGUCAAGGUGUUCAACGCGGGCGAUGAUCCGUCCGUGCCGCUGCACGUGCUGUCGCGGCUCGCCAUCAACUCGGACCUGUGCUGCAGCAGCCAGGACCUGGAGUUCACCCUGCAGUGCCUGGUGCCCGAUUUCCCGCCGCCCAUCGAGGCCGCGGACUUUGAGGAGCGCCUGCGGCGGCAGCUCGUGUGCCUGGAGCGUGUCACUUGCUCGGACCUGGGCAUCAGCGGCACCGUGCGCGUGAGCAACGUGGCCUUCGAGAAGCAGGUGGCCGUGCGUUAUACCUUCUCUGGCUGGCGCAGCGCCCACGAAGCGGUGGCACGUUGGCGCGGGCCCGCCGGUGCCGAGGGCACGGAGGAUGUCUUCGCCUUCGGCUUCCCGGUGCCGCCCUUCUUGCUGGAGCUCGGCUCACGCGUGCACUUCGCGCUGCGCUACCGAGUGGCUGGUGCCGAGUACUGGGACAACAACGACAGCCGCGACUACAGCCUCACGUGUCGCAGCCACGCACUGCACAUGCCACGCGGAGAGUGUGAAGAGAGCUGGAUCCACUUCAUCUGAGCUCGCGGGGGCCAGGAACCUGGAGCCUCCGCAUCUAAGCCGCACCUGCUGUCAUUUCUGUGCUGGGCUCUCUCACAUCUAGGGGGUCGUUCUCCCCGCCCCUUCUGUCCCCCAGAUCGUCUGACUUCGAUUUCUGCUGCUAGGUCUCACUGCA